AAGCAUUUGCGUGAAAUUUACGCGCCGGGAAUUUCUCACCCCAACCAGGACGGAAAUGGUAAUAAAUCUUUUCAGUUUGAUUAAUAUAUUAAUAAGACGCAGAGAUUGGAUACUGUUUCCCAAAUCUAUUCCAUAUUUUCACGUUGCCCAAUCACGUUCCUUAAUCACUUUCCUUUCCCUAAAAUCACCCUUUAAUCUCAAUCUAAAUUGUGGGUGGGGGGCGUUUCUUUCUUUGGCAUCCUGGUAUUCUUAUUUGGGGGAAAAACUGAAGGAGCAGGGGGUCUAAUCUUGGAGGUAAUAGCUUUUGGUUCUGUUUUGUGGGUUGUAAAGUGGGAAAAAGAUGACUGUGGAACAAGCAAUUAGCGAACCCGGGGAUCAGUUCCCGGUUGGCAUGCGGGUAUUGGCUGUUGACGACGAUCCCACUUGUCUCACGGUGUUGCAGGGUCUGCUUAGCAGAUGCCAGUAUCAAGUUACCACCACAAGUCAGGCCAUCAUAGCACUGAAGUUGUUGAGGGAAAACAAGAACCAGUUUGAUCUUGUAAUCAGUGAUGUCCAUAUGCCAGACAUGGAUGGUUUUAAGUUGCUCGAGCUUGUGGGGCUUGAGAUGGAUCUGCCAGUCAUAAUGUUAUCGGCAAAUGGUGAUCCCAAGCUUGUGAUGAAGGGGAUUACUCAUGGAGCUUGUGAUUAUUUGCUGAAACCUGUCCGAAUUGAGGAGCUAAAGAACAUAUGGCAACAUGUUGUCCGGAGAAAGAAAUUUGACAAGAAGGAUCAGAAUGCUUCUGACAGCCAAGAGAAGAAUGGACACAAUGAGGCUGGAGGAAUGGGAAAUGCUGAUCAGAAUGCAAAGAAUAACAAAAAACGAAAGGACCAAGAUGAAGAUGAGGACGAGGAGCACGAUGAGAAUGGAAAUGAUAAUGAGGAUCCAUCAGCUCAAAAGAAACCUCGUGUUGUUUGGACGGUGGAGUUGCAUCGGAAAUUUGUUGGAGCUGUCAAUCAGUUGGGUGUUGACAAGGCUGUACCAAAGAAGAUUCUAGAGUUAAUGAAUGUUGACAAGCUUACAAGAGAAAAUGUGGCAAGCCAUCUCCAGAAGUACAGGCUUUACCUUAAAAGGAUCAGCUGUGUGGCUAACCAGCAAGCUAAUCUGGCAGCAGCCUUAGGUAGUGCAGAUCCUUCAUAUUUGCGGAUGGGUUCUCUAAACAUUCAAAAUCUGAAUGGACUUGGGAAUUUUCAUCCCUUAUCAGGAUCCGAUCAGUUUCACAAUGCAGCCUUUAGAUCUUUGCCACCUAGGGGGAUGCUUGGAAGAUUGAACACACCUGUUGGGCUGGGUAUGCAUGGUCUUCCUUCUUCUGGAAUGAUUCAAUUGGGUCAAGCAAAAAACUCUGGCAACAUUAACAAUAAUCAGAACAGGUUCAAUCAGGUCAUGAUUCCUGGAAAUUAUAAUGGUGGCAUACUUCAAGGGAUGCCAAUGUCAUUGGAACUUGAUCAACUACAACAUAGUAAGGGUGUUAAACGCAUUGAAGAACUCCCUACUGCUGUUGAUAAUACUACUGUUCUCCCCAUCUCCAGCAGUUUACACGAUGCAAAAUUAACUGGAUGUUCAAAUAAUCCGCUUCUUGGUGUUACAAACGACCCCUUAGUGUUGGAAAGAUGUCCUCAAGAGCCAGAAGGCACCAAAAUAUUUGGAAACCAAUCUUCAGUGACAAUGGCCUCCUUAAAUUCUGGAUCAUCUUCCCAUUUACCAGAUCUUGGUAGAUGUAGUGAUAACUGGUCAAGUACUGUUCUGUCCUCUGGGGUCCAACCAAAUUCUUUUGCAUUAGGUGAUUGUUUUCAGCAGGCCAACUUGCUUCCUGGUAAUCUCAGUGACAGCGUUUCUACAAUAACCUUUCAAAGUGGGAAUAUAUCAGAUUUUUCUUCCAGGUCCCCAGCCCCUAAUCAGUUGCAUGAUUCGAAACCAGAUUUAUGUGGCCAAGGGGUUACAAUCAGCCGUAACACCGGACAGAUAGUUAAAAAUGUACCACAAGAAUGGGAUGGCUACAGACAGGAUGCCCCUCACCAGUCAAAUCUAAUAUGUAGCUCAAUGAACUCUUCGUUCCCUACAAAUGGUAUUAUGGGUUCAGUAGGCCAGUGCAUGGACCCAGGUAACACGACUUUCCACAGAAACAUGACCCUGGGGGCAAUUGGACAAUCAAAUUUUGUUGAUCCCUUGGCCAUGAAGUGUAAUGUGGCUGAUAAUCCAGCUAUGGAGACAUCAGUUAAUCUGAAGCCAGGGUAUCUUGUUGGGCAACAGAAGCCACAGAGCAGAUACAUUUCCAAUAACGUUGGUUCUUUGGAAGACUUGGCAAGUGCAAUGAUGAAACAGGAACAAGUGAAACCAUCAGGCCAUUUUGGAAGCAAUCCUGGUUCCUUUGGGACAUGCAUAUGAAACAAGACCGUAGCUACAAACCUUAGGAGAAGGAUCUGCACAGGAGUAUUUCUAGUCUGCAGUAAUCUCUACCAUUAUAUAUAUUUUUGCUACUCUGCAGUGACCCUUUAAAAUGUUUAGCGGAGUUUAGUUUAUCUAGUUGCUAGAGCAAAUGCAAUCAUUUCAACAGGCCUGUCUAACUAAGCCAUCUUGUACCACGAAUAAAUAUUGAUUGCUUAUGGGCCCAUCUAUGCAUUAUGGAGU